AUGACACGGCCCUCACUUCGCAUCGCUUGGUCCGAACAUCUCAUCCUCGCCAUAUCCACCCUCUUCCUCUUUCGCGCGCUCGGAAGACUGCAACCCUUCGCCCCCACGGUUCCCCUAAACCGUUCUAAUGCGCCGCUACGUCACCGAAUCCCUCCUACUCCCCAUUCGCCCACCGCUCAACGGCGCCAAGAGUCUAACUCAACGACCGCCCGCCGUCACCUCGUCACUCCGCAUGUCCUGCCUCAAGCGAAAGGCCGGAUCCCAUCCUUGAACGUGCCAAUCCUUCCCCCGUUGCGUCGCUUUCUCCUGCGUUACCUCCCUCCAGACGCUGCUACAGAUACAGAAUAG